AUGUUACAAUCAAUAAGGCUCGGCUUUUUAGCUGUUCUGUCGCUGUUGUUGAUCGUCACUUAUCUGCCCAAAGCCAAUACUUCCCCCUUGGAGUUCGCCCAGCGAGACCAUAAUACCGAUCAUGCAUCGCAUACUAGGAUUGCUCCCGGGAAGCUGGGCGCUGUUGCUAGUGAAAGCGCGAUCUGCUCUCAGCAUGGUGUGGAUAUUUUGAAGAUGGGUGGCAACGCUGCUGAUGCUAUGGUUGCAACGGAGCUUUGCGUUGGUGUUAUUGGCAUGUAUCACAGUGGAAUCGGUGGCGGCGGUUUUAUGCUAGUUAGGGCACCGAAUGGUAGCUAUGAGUUCAUUGAUUUCAGAGAGACAGCCCCGGCCGCAGCCUUCGAGGAUAUGUAUAAAAACAAUGAGGAUGCCUCAAUUUACGGUGGUUUGGCAAGUGGAGUGCCCGGUGAGGUGCGAGGUCUUGAGUACCUUCACGAGAAGUACGGCUCUCUCCCAUGGUCAACAGUUGUACAACCAGCAGUUCGAACAGCGCGCGAUGGAUUCAUCGUCGGAAAAGAUCUGGUCAAAUAUAUGAAAUCGGCUAUUGGCAACGGCGAAGACUUCCUAUCGAAGAACCCGACAUGGGCGAUUGACUUCGCUCCAAACGGAACCCGAGUUAAGCUGGGUGAUACGAUUACUCGUCGCCGAUAUGCGGAUACCCUUGAAGCUAUUGGGCAGCGCGGCGCCGACGCCUUCUACUCAGGACCCAUUGCAGAGACUAUGAUCAAUGCCUUGCAGAAUGCGAAUGGUACGAUGACGCUGGAGGAUUUGAAGAAUUAUACCGUGGCUAUUCGGAAAGUCUCGCAGAUUGACUACCGUGGGUAUAAAGUCACCAGCACGUCGGCGCCUUCUAGCGGCGUUGUCGCUUUGAGUAUCCUCAAGAUUCUGGGGACGUACCAGGGUCUCUUUGCGAAUGCACAAGCCGUGAAUCUCAGCACUCAUCGGAUGGACGAGGCGAUGAGAUGGGGAUAUGGAGAGCGAUCUAAUCUAGGCGAUCCGCUGUUCGUAAACGGGGUAUCUAAGUAUGAGUCAGAGAUGCUGAACCAAUCUACCAUCAACAAUAUUCGAUCCAAGAUCUCAGACGUGCGGACUCAAAAUGUAUCGACUUAUGAUCCCGCCGGAUUGGAAAUAGCUGACCACACCGGCCUUGCAAUCUCGGUAAUUACCACUAUCAACCUUUUGUUCGGCAGUCAGAUUAUGGUCCCGGAGACGGGUGUUAUCAUGAACAAUGAAAUGAAUGACUUCUCCAUUCCCGGAUCAUCGAAUGCAUUCGGAUACAUUCCAUCUGAGGCGAACUACGUGCGUCCAGGAAAACGCCCACUAUCCUCUAUCACACCCGCGAUAGUGGAAAGACCCGAUGGUAAACUUUUCUUGAUUAGCGGAUCUGCAGGUGGAAGUCGCAUCAUCACCGCCACCGUCCAAAACAUCAUCCAUUCUAUUGAUCAAGGGCUUUCGGCUGCCAAAGCGCUCGCUAAACCGCGUCUGCAUGAUCAGCUCGUGCCAAACCAGGCCAUCUUCGAAUAUUCCUAUGACAACGCGACAGUUGCCUUCAUGAAAAGUCUCGGGCAUAAUGUGACCUGGGUUGCACCUGGACAGAGUACUGCUCAACUCAUCCGGGUCUUGCCUAAUGGGACUUUUGAUGCUGCUGGUGAACCGAGGCAGCUUAAUUCGGCUGGGUAUUCUGUUUAG